GUAGGAGGAGGACUCAGCAACCAACCCAACAUUUCUCCCUCGUGACAAAUCUCAAUUUUGCAAGAGAAAAAAGAAGAAGACAGAAACUGAAACUUAGUUUUCUUAUCAAUGAUGUCAAGUUCUAUGGAGUGCUCUGAUUCCGCCGCUACUCGGAGAUUCUCCAGAAAGCCGGGCUUCUCCCUUACGUGUAGUCGGCUGAGUCAGUACCUGAAAGAGAACGGUAGCUUUGGAGAUCUGAGCUUAGGGAUGUCAUGCAAGCCUCAGGUCAACGGCAACUCACGUCAGCCCACAACAACAAUGAGUUUAUUCCCUUGUGAAGCUCCUUCCAUGACGAUUGGUCAAGAUAUUAAACCGGAGAAUCUGUUUACUCGGCAACCAAGCUUCUCUUCCUCAUCUUCCUCUCUCCCCAAGGAAGAAGAUGUCCUCAAAACGACGCAAACCAUUUCUACUACUAGAUCUGUGAAACCAGAGCCACAAACUGCACCGUUGACUAUAUUCUACAACGGGGAGGUGAUUGUGUUCAACGACUUUUCUGCUGAGAAAGCCAAAGAAGUGAUGAACUUGGCUAGCAAAAGAACCGCUAAUAGCUUCACCGGUUUCACAUCUACUCUUAACUUAGCCAAGAAUCAAACCGAGGUCAGAGCUCCUACCUCUAACCAAGCUCCACAUCUCAUGAAAACCGCAGCACAACAAGAACCAAUCAUAUCCUCCUCAACUGCAAUGGCAUGCGAACUUCCUAUUGCUAGAAGAGCUUCACUCCAUCGGUUCUUGGCCAAGAGAAAGGAUAGAGUUACGUCAAAGGCACCAUACCAACUAAGCGAUCCAGCCAAAGCGUCUUCAAACAACAACAACACCGUCUCUUGGCUCGGUUUAGCAGCUCAAAUAUGACUGAACCACCACCACAAACCUUACCGAGGCCUAUUCUUUCUGACGUUGCAUCAAUGAACAAGAUUAUAUAUAAAAGCUCAUGCGUCCAUGAUUCUCAACAACUAUUCCAAUUAUUAGGAAACUUCAUAUAUAUAUUUUGUAUGUAUUUGAUUAAUUCUUGUUAGUGUCUUGUCUUUUAGAAGGUGUUGUCUUAUGUCUUUCUAAACACCCACUCUCUGGGUAAAUCUCAUAAUUAGUAGAUCUCGUAUGUUACUGGUUUUGUAAGAACAACAAUUUUUGUUGAGGACUAUACUAGUUUUAUUUUUAAUCA